AUGCAAGCUGAGAUACGAGCGCAGCUGCCGGACGUCGACCCCGUAGUGGUUGAUUAUGCCGCCGGGUACCUCAGCCAUGCAGCUCGACAAUUCAGUGCAGACGGGGAUCCUCUGGCGGACGCAGCGGCAGCAAUUACUCAAUUGCUCCUAUCCGCGUCUGGAGAUCUGUCGGGCGGAAAUGAGACGUCGGUUCAAAAUCUGGUCGAGAAAUUUGUCACACGCCUGAACGAUGACAACGGGGUGGAUGGCGAGAAGCGACAGCAAGCGCCAUCUGCAAAGAAACUCGACCAGACUAUUCAGGUGGGCGCGCAACGGAAUGUGUCCUCUACCCUGGGCCUCACUGGCGGUGGCGUCGACCUCGAGUCGGCCAACACCAGGAAAGUAGAAUCACGAGUUGACAAAAAGAAGCUGGAAAAGGCCGAGAGGAAGCUUCGCGCCAAGCAAGACAAGAAGGUCUUCAAGACCGUGGAGUAUGAAGCUUCAAGAUUGCUUGACCAGCCGGACGAGCAACAGUCGUACGAAGAGUUUUUCAUGGCUGUCAAUCCACUUCAGCUGGGUUCAGACGCGCAGUCCAAGAGUAAAGACAUCAAGGUCGAUGGCAUCGACAUCUCCAUUGGAGGCAAGCGUAUCUUGUCUGAUACUAACCUCACACUGGCCUAUGGGCGCAGAUAUGGUCUCGUAGGUCAGAACGGUAUUGGUAAAUCCACGCUACUCAGGGCUCUCAGUAAGCGUGAGGUGGCCAUUCCCACGCACAUUUCUAUUCUACACGUGGAGCAAGAAAUUACAGGCGAUGAUACACCGGCAUUGCAAGCAGUCCUCGACGCCGAUGUCUGGCGGAAGCAUCUGCUUAGAGAACAGGGAAAAAUCAGCAAGGAGCUCGCAGAGCUCGAGGCAGAGCGCGCUUCGAUGGCUGAUACUUCGACCGACGCCGCGCGCCUGGACACGCAGCGAGAAGGCUUGGAUAUCACACUCAGUGAUGUCCAGUCGAAGCUUGCCGAGAUGGAGUCUGACAAGGCUGAGUCACGGGCUGCCAGUAUUCUUGCCGGUCUUGGAUUCUCGCAUGAAAGACAGCAGUUUGCCACGAAGACCUUCUCCGGUGGUUGGCGGAUGCGUUUGGCCUUGGCCAGAGCUCUCUUCUGCGAACCAGAUCUUCUGCUACUCGAUGAACCUUGUAAGAGCCCCAAGUCCGUCUAAAGAGCCCCAGCUAACCAUAUUUCAGCCAAUAUGCUUGAUGUGCCGUCUGUUACCUUCCUUUCACAAUAUCUGCAAAAUUAUCAGAGCACCGUUCUUGUCGUGUCUCACGACCGGGCCUUCCUCAAUGAAGUCGCCACAGAUAUUAUCCACCAGCAUUCGGAGCGUCUGGACUAUUACAAGAGCGCAAAUUUCGACUCUUUCUACGCUACCAAGGAAGAGCGACGGAAGACCGCCAAGCGGGAGUAUGAGAACCAAAUGGCUCAGAGAGCUCAUCUCCAGGCAUUCAUCGACAAGUUCCGCUACAAUGCCGCAAAGUCCUCGGAAGCACAGUCGCGAAUCAAGAAGUUGGAGAAGAUGCCGGUCCUUGAGGCUCCUGAGAGCGAGUACAUCGUGCACUUCCAGUUCCCCGAGGUCGAGAAGCUUUCGCCACCGAUCAUCCAAAUGACGAAUGUUAGCUUCGGGUACAGCAAGGAGAAUGUUCUCCUUAGUAAAGUCGAUCUGGACGUGCAAUUGGACUCUCGGAUCGGCAUCGUCGGGCCCAACGGUGCUGGAAAGACCACAGCCCUCAAAUUGCUUAUCGGCGCCCUUCAGCCUAGCUCGGGGCUCAUCUCGCAGAAUCCUCGUCUGCGUAUUGGAUUCUUUGCUCAGCAUCACGUUGAUGCGCUGGAUCUGAACACAAGCGCCGUAAGCUUCAUGGCCGCCAAGUAUCCUGGCAAGUCCGAUGAGGAAUACCGUCGGCAUCUCGGAGCAUUUGGUAUCACAGGCAUGACUGGACUGCAGAAGAUGGGUCUCUUGUCUGGUGGUCAAAAGUCUCGCGUAGCAUUUGCAUGUCUUGGCUUGACAAAUCCACACAUCUUGGUACUGGAUGAGCCUUCCAAUCAUCUCGAUAUCGAAGGUAUGGAUGCAUUGUCGACAGCACUCAAGGAGUUCCAAGGCGGUGUUCUGAUGGUCUCCCACGACGUUACCAUGUUGCAAACUGUCUGUACGAGCCUGUGGAUUUGUGAUAACGGCGGUGUUGAGAAGUUCCCGGGUACUGUGAAGGACUACAAGAAACGCAUUACUGCGCAAGCUGGAGAAUCGGGAGUGGUAAAGCAGCAUUAG